UUCGUGUGAUUGUAAUUGCUCGGAGACCUUUAGCUUAUCUAUAAAUGUCGGAAUUCCAUUGGAAUUUAGUUCUUGGAUUUCUUCCGGUUGCCGUCCGAUCUUAGUUUAUAUCAAAGCAUAUGCUGCAACUGCACAGCAUAUCCACAGCACCCACCUUUACAAAUCGCUAUCAACAACAACCCCCGUCAGCGCCGCCGCGAACUCCCAAAAUUAUGGACAAUAGGAUCGUAGUUCUAGUCACCGGCUGCGCCAAAGGCGGCAUUGGCUACGAAUAUUGCAAAGCAUUUUCCGAACAGGGCUGUCAUGUCUUCGCCACCGACCUUCCCCAACGUGCCCACCAGGUGUUCGACGAAAGUCCCCACAGAGUCGAAAUGCUUGAACUCGACGUGACGUCUGAUGAAAGUGUAGCAAAAGCAGUGGAGACUGUAAUUUCAAAGUGUGGACGUAUUGAUAUCUUGGUAAACAAUGCUGGGAUCGGUAGCAGUGGCCCGCUCGCCGAGCUUCCGUUGCAGGAUGUGAGGAAAGCUUGGGAAGUAAACACGCUUGGGCAGCUGAGGAUGGUGCAGCAAGUGGUGCCCCAUAUGGCUUCUUGUGGCAGUGGAGUCAUUGUCAAUGUCGGCAGCGUUGUAGGGAACGUGCCGACACCGUGGGCAGGGUCGUAUUGUGCUAGUAAGGCAGCUGUUCAUGCUAUGUCGCAUGUGCUGCGACUCGAGCUUAAGCCAUUUGGUAUCGACGUAGUGAUGGUGGUACCCGGGGCCAUAAGGUCCAAUUUUGGGAGCGCCACGGUCGAGAAUGUGAGAAGCCAAGAAUGGAAACUUUACAAGAAGUUCAAGGACGCCAUAGAAGAGAGGGCUAAUGCAUCACAGAGUGGGAGAUCAAGUGAUGCAGGGGAUUUUGCAAGAGAGGUUGUGAAGAAAGUGCUGAGGAAGAGGCCGCCAAGGCGAAUUGUUUUGGGGCAUUUGAGUGGCUUGUUAACCAUCAUGUCUUGGCUUCCACUUUGGGUGCAAGAUCUUUACUUCUCGCACCGCUUCAACUUGGAUAAAAAGGAAUCACGACUCUCCACAAUUGUAUGAUAUUGUCCACU